GCUCUCACUAAUCAGCUAACAUUUUUGCCAAUAUCACAAAUAUACUGUUAUUUAUAUAUAGUCUUAUAUUUACAACUCCUUACCUUGUUUUUUACUUUCAGUGAUAAAAAUUUGAAUAAUGUUGAUAAAAAAUUAAUUUAUUUCUCUCGGAAUUGAUCAUUUCUGUGUGAAAAUACGGUCAACACAAUAAUUAAUUAUAUCAACAUCUAUUUGAAUAGCAAGUGUAUCGGAGCUUUCAAGAAAAGCAAGACAGCGAGAUAAGAAAAACAACAAUCUUAUCUCUUAUUAAUUUCUCUUGUUUCAGUUCAUUUUUCUCCAUUUUUAUCCAAAUCUUUUACUUUCCCCUCCCCGAAUUUACUGUUUAUUCCCAUUUUUAAAUUUUAUUUUUUGGUGUUAUCUUCAUCUUCCCGGUCAACCUAGACUCUGGUCAAUUAUUGUGCUAGCAGUUUCCAUUAUUAAUUGUUGAAACAAUGGAUGGUGGAGUUGCCUUUGGUGCUGGUAAAGCAGGUCAACCAUUUGAUCCAAUCGGUUUUCUUACUCGACCUCAAGUUAUUUUACGAUUUUUCUGUUGGCUCUUCUCUGUAAUCGUUUUUGGUUGUAUAAAUAAUAAAGGUUGGCACCAUGGUAAAUGUCAAUACAAUGGAAGUGCCAAUGCAUGCCGAUUUGGAUCCAUUUUAGGAAUCAUUGGCUUACUUGCCGCCGUUGUUUUACUUGUUCUUGAAGGCCUUUUCCAAAAUAUAUCAAGCAUAAAAAUUCGACGUCGCAUUGUUGCAAUUGACUUAGGUUUCUCUGGUCUUUGGGCAAUAUUAUAUUUCCUUUGUUUCGCAUCUCUCGGUAUUUCCUGGUCCCGUGCACCAUAUCCUGAGUUCGGCUAUGGGAUCAAUAAUCUUCGGACUGCCAUAGCUUUUUCAUUCUUUUCCAUUUUUGUUUGGGCUGGUUGUGCUUAUUUCGCCUGGCUUCGAUGGAAAUCAGGAACUGAUAUGUCCACUUUUACCUCAGCCUAUCCAGAUGAUCCUAAUCUAGCUGGUGGUGUUGCUGGUGGCAUGCCCGGUGGACCAGGAGCCGAUUAUUACGCUUAUGCGAGUGGCACUGAUGUUAAUGAACCUGCUUAUCAAGAUCAAGGAAUGUACUCCCAGCAAGGUGUAAAUAAUCAAUAUGGAGGCGGCGGUGGAAACUUUCAACCACCGGCUUACUAAAAAUCUUCGCUUAAUUAGUACAUAAAACAGUGUAUAUGGAGCUUACAUCCGAAUUUUGGAGAAACAUCGCAAAAUCCUCAAGAAAAUUAUGAAAAUAUUUGAAAGAGCAUUCAACUAUUUAUAUAUUUGAACUCUAAUAACGCAAUUGCGUCAAAUUAACAUAUGCAGACAAACACGGAGAAGACAGAAUGAAACAAUUACUAAAUCUAAUUUAACAUAUAAAGCUAAAUUAUUCCAUUUCGUUCUCAUAAGGCCAUGGAUGUCAAGUUGUUUACCUGCGAUCAACAUUUCCAUUUAUCACCAUUACCGUUUUCAUUCCUAUUUUCACCGUCAAAUAGUUGAGACUAGUCGUGUUAAUUUAUGUUAACUUAUGUUCAUGCAUAGUUUGGCUAUUGGUGGAUAACUUCACAGUAAAAUGAAACCCCAUUCAUCAACAAUUAUCAAGGAUCCUAUCCUUCACUGUUUAUACGAAAACUUUGCAUUCUCACAAACAUUCCUUCGUUUUUUAUUGAAUUUUUUUUCAAUCAUUGGAUCUCAUUCUCACAUCGAUUCAAUAUUCUUGGCUUUGUUUUGGUACUUCAUUCCUGUUUGUUAUUUCAACCAUUCAUCAUUCCUUAUAUCAUCUUGAUCGUUAUGAAAACUGUCACCGCCCGUAUAAAACUACACCAGAAACUGCUACAAAAAAUCACAAAUAUUUGUAAAUACGAAUCGGAAACAAGAAAGUCGACAACACUGAUGGAUACCUUUCACAACAUCCCGUAGACAACCUUUAUUAAUUCACAUCACAAUUGCUUAAAUUGCGAUCCUGUUUGACAAUUAGCUUAUCAUAUGUAGAUGAAUUUUCUCCCCUAAUUGGAAUUGAAAUUGGUUGCUAUUCAAUAACUAUUUUAAGAUGAACAAGAUGUCUCAUAAUAUGUAUACAUUUAAAUUAGACAAAAGUUGCAUGGUCGAAACAUUUGUUCAAAGGAAUUGUCAAUAUCAGGAUCAUUCGGAUGCGAACUUCAUUGAUUCAAAAUUGAUUAUACAGUAGUUAUGGACAUAUUUUGCUCCAAAUUAUCGCAAAUUGUACAGCUAAAUUUCAAGCAAAAGGGUUUCGACUUUCAUUUUAAUUUUGUCUACUAAAUUUUGGUGGCCUAUCUAGUCAAGCCUGUCUCGUGAAUGUCAACUUAAAUUUGGUUAUCCGAGUAACGGUCUCAUCAAUAUCAUCACAUUUUCAUCAUCAUAACCAUCAGAACCAUCAUCAUCAUCAUCAUCUUUACCAUUUUCAUCAUUGACAUCAUUUUAAUCAUCAUCAAUUUAGAUUCCCAGAAUUGAAGACAACGUGAAAAAUUAAAUUCGAUCUUAGAGAGAAAAGUUACCCAAAACCAAAACGUUGUACAGGAUCAGCCUUUGAUAACAAUUUCAGAAGAAAUACAAAAACCUCAAACUUAUUGGAUUCGCGUUCACUCGAUACACUUUUGGUUUUCCAUCAUUUCCACAAUUCCCGCUUUAAUCGUUGAAACCCACCCACCCAUAUGAUACAAAGUAACUAUAAAAAUUGUUAUCAUCUCAAAAAAGAGGAAUCAAGGCCAUUUUCUUACAUCUCACUGUCCCAUUGAUAUCAUACAAAUUCGAGGUGACAAGAAGCAAGAUUAAACCUUAAUAAUAACAAGAAAACAAUAACUAUUUGGAGCAAUAAGAACUUAAUUAGUUGAUCAUAUUUCCUGUAAAGCGAAUAUUUGGAUUAAUCAUCUAGCAAAGAAUAAUUGGAAACGAAACGGAUCUUCUAUUCCUUUUAUGAAGCACACAUAGCAUCAUUUUUACUAGACCACAGUUCAUUUGACAAAAGAUUAACAAUGGAUGAUGAACAGCGAAGUUAAACCAUUUUAAUGAUUAAAUUUGGAUUUAAAGACAAUUAAUACAGCAAUAGCAUCCAAGUCCAGUCUUCUAAUGGUACAAUGACUAAAGUAUACAUAUGAAACUUACUAGCCAAAAAGUCAGGCUCAACGACAAAGUAGCUUGGCUGAUUCACAUUCAACUAUUGUUACCCACAAAAAGAAACCUUAAAACCAAACUGGAAAACCAAACUUAUAUCAUUCUCAAAACUGUGUCAAUUAUAUUGAGUUUCAAAUUUAAUAGGAAAUUGCAAUUGAGUCAGGAGCAAAACAAAACUAAAUACAAAAUCGAGUGUUAAAAUUGCGUGUACUUAUUAUCAAAUGUUACUAUUGUAAUUAUACAUUAUUAUUGUACA